GGGAAACAUUCACGGAGUGGCGGUCUGUAGAGGGUCCCCACGUGUUUCUCAUUUUUUUUUUUGCUGAUGAUAGCUUUUUGUUCUUUAAAGCUUUAGGUCAUGAAUGUAAUGCUGUUAAGGAGAUUUUGCAAGAGUAUGAGGAAACUUCUGGGCAGGCGAUUAAUUUUUCCAAGUCUACGGUAACAUUCAGCCAGAACGUUAUUGACACCUCUAAAAAUUAUUGUUGUACUUUUUUUGGAGUGCCGCAGGAGGUAGGGCAACAGAAAUAUCUGGGGUUACCGAGCAUUAUUGGGAGAGGAAAAUCAGCUAUUCUUGGCUUCAUUCGAGAGAGAAUUUUUAAUCGAAUUAAAAGCUGGAAUAAUAGAUUUUUAUCUCGGGCAGGGAGGGCUGUGUUGUUGCGGAAUGUGGUGCAAGCUAUGCCUACUUAUGCCAUGAAUGUAUUUCUUUUACCCAGAGAUUUAUGUGAUGAAAUCGAAAAACUUAUGAAUGGGUUCUGGUGGAAAGGCACUAAGUUUGAACAGAGAGGUAUCAGGUGGCGCAGGUGGGAGCUCAUGUGUAAGCCGAAAGGUAUGGGAGGCCUGGGGUUCAGAAAAUUGAGGGAAUUUAACAUUGCCAUGCUGGCAAAGCAAGGAUGGAGGCUUCUUUCAAAUCCGGAGAGCUUGAUGGCGCGGGUUCUUAAAGCAAGGUAUUUUCCUAAUUCGGAGUUUUUAAAGGCCAAGUUGGGUAAUAACCCGUCCUAUAUCUGGAGAAGCAUUUUUGAGACCCAAGGAGUACUAAAGGAGAACAUUCGAAGGAGAGUUGGGAACGGGAGAGAGGUUCAAGUUUGGGCGGAUGCUUGGCUACCUGGACCCGGGGUUGGUAGGGUCCAAUCAGCCAAACCGCCUGGUAUUGCUGAUAUGAAUGUCGCAGCCUUGAGAGAUAGUACUGGGAAGAAGUGGAAUACUAAAAGAAUUGCAGCUAUAUUUAAUAAUGAAGAAAGAAAAAUUAUUUCAAGUAUUCCUAUUAGUUUGCAGGAUAAACAAGAUGGCUUCUGGUGGAGUAAAGAGAAUAAUGGGAUUUUCUCGGUUAAGAGCUGCUAUAGGGUUCUUAUGCAGGGAGGGGAAGUUGGGGGAUGGAACGGUUGGAAAGAUUUAUGGGAGUUAAAAAUCCCACCAAAAAUUAAAUAUUUUCUUUGGCAGGUUUUAGAUGGAUCUCUCCCUUCACUGGUGAAUCUUGUACGAAAAGGAGUACCAAUCCAGAAUAGCUGCAAAAUUUGCUUGCAGGGUGAAGAAACGUCGGAGCAUGCUUUGCGAUCCUGUCCGAGAGCGGCUGAAGUGUGGAUGGAGGCGGGCAUAGCUACUGGUAAUGGUGAAGUCACGUUGGAGGUAUGGCUUCAAAACUUACUCUCUGUACCGGAUAAGGAGAAGCGGUGUAAAGUUGCUAUGUUGGUUUGGGGCUUGUGGAAGCGUCGUAAUGCUCUAGUCUGGGAAGGAAAUUGGCAGAGCUCGGCUAGUGUUAUUAGUUCCUGUUCGAGUAUGUUGUUAGCAUGGAGGGAGGCUCAACAGUCUGCAGCAAGGUCAUCGAGCCAGGCAAGGAGGGACGACCAGAGGUGGAAGCGGCCGAGCGCAGGAGUAAUAAAGAUCAAUGUUGAUGCAGCGGUUGACAUUACACGAGGAGUGCGAGCUUGGGGCUGGAUUGCAAGAGAUGAUCAGGGUGAUUUUGUGAAAGCAGGAGGGGCAUCAUGCAAAGCGGAAUGGUCUCCGGCGGAAUCGGAGGCAAUGGGUCUUCGGGAGGCUGUCCUGGCAGGAAUUUCAGAGGGAUGGGAUAGGGUGGAAAUAGAAACUGAUGCACAAAUAGUAGCUCGAGGGGUCCAAAGUAGUGAGGGUGCGGCAUACAUCGAUCUGAUUCUUGAUGAUAUACGCUGUUUAGUUCAGACAAAGAGUAAUUAUGUUAUCUCUUUUUGUAAGCGAUCUGCGAAUCAUGCGGCUCAUGCUCUAGCAAGAACGCAUGUUACUAUCUCAGAUCAUAGUAGCAGUUAUGAUUCUAUUCCGGAUUGUAUUGUAAGCCACGUGGCGAAUGACUUGUUGAAUUAAUGAAAGAUGUUGAGUCCCGG